CGAUUCUUACCUCGGUACCCCGACUCAGCUGCAUAUCCCUAGCGUUGUCAAAAAUGGACCCCCUCAGCUCAUGCGAGGCAAACAUCACCUGCACGACGUUUCACCCAAACUUGCCAAAAUGACGGGGUUCCAAGCAGGUCGUUCGGUCGGAAACCAUGACUAUACGUCCUCUACCGUAGUGAUUAUAGGGGCGGGCAUAUCUGGCCUCUGUAUGGCUAUUGAUGUUAUCAAGCGAAGCCAAUGCCGUAACAUCGUCAUUCUAGAGAAAGGCAGCCAGGUCGGAGGGACCUGGAGUGAUAACAGAUACCCUGGAUGCGCCUGUGACAUCUGGAGUACGUUGUACAGCUUCUCCUUUGAGCAGAAGACCGAUUGGACGAGAGAGUAUCCAGGUCAGGAAGAGAUUCGGGACUAUCUCCUUCACGUCGCGGAGAAAUAUGGUCUCUAUAAAUACAUCCGCUUCAACACAACCGUGCAAGAAGCUCGCUGGGAUGACAAACAGCUCAAGUGGAAGGUCAGCGUGGCCACAUCGGGGGCUAAAGACACACAGUUACACGAGUCAUACGACAUCACCACCGACUUCCUGGUAUCUGCAGUCGGUCAGCUCAAUGUGCCAAGUUGGCCCUCUAUUCCCGGUCUCGACGACUUCACCGGCAAAUUGAUGCAUUCUGCCCGGUGGGACUGGACAUAUGAUUUCACCGGAAAACGCGUCGCCAUCAUUGGAAAUGGCGCCACUUGCGCCCAAAUCGUCCCCGAACUGGCUAAAUCGGUCUCGCAAGUCACGGUGUACCAGCGGACCCCCAACUGGGUCAUCCCUCGGUAUGAUACGAGUGUCUCGUCUAUUCAAAGAUUCUUGCUCUCCUACGUGCCACCCAUCCGCUGGUGCAAACGCGCCCUCAUGAUGCAAGCUCGCGAGUUCAGCCAUGAUGCUAUCGCGAAGUCCGACUCGGCAAUGGCAGGGUUAAUACGCAAAAUGGCCAUCAAUGCCAUGAAAAGCCAGCUGUGUGAUAAGCCCGAGCUGUGGGACAAGCUGACCCCAGAUUACUCGCCUGGCUGCAAGCGUGUCAUUCCAUCGGACGACUACUUCCCCGCAUUGAACCAGAAGAAUGUGCAUCUCGAGACACGACCGAUCCAGCGCGUUACCGAGUCUGGAAUCGAAACAACUGAUGGCGCCCUCCAAGAAUAUGAUUUCAUCGUUGCUGCGACGGGAUUCCGCUCAGUCGAGUUUAUGCAUCCGAUCCAGGUGUACGGGCGAAACGGACGUCCGGUGUCAGAUGUAUGGAAGGAUGGGGCUGCAGCCUACUACGGUGUCACAGUUGAGGACCUCCCCAACUUUGGCAUGCUAUACGGACCGAACACGAAUCUAGGACAUAACUCGAUCAUUUUGAUGAUUGAGGCACAGUCGCGUUACCUGACCACGCUGAUCGGUGAGGUCGUGCGUGCCAAGGCUCGUAGCGACUCGCUGGUCUUGCAGCCCCGGGCAGAUGUAGUGGCUGCGUUCAAUGAUCGCCUCCAGAAAGAGUUAGAGGGUAGUACCUUCGCCGACCCGCAGUGCCAUAGCUGGUAUAAACUGGAAAAUGGUCGGAUCACCAACAACUGGCCCGGCCGGGUGGUCCAGUAUCAGAAGGACUUGUCACGGGUGCAAUGGGAGGAUUACCUCGUUGAGGGGACGGGCAAGUCCGUGGUGGAGCGCAAGAAAACGACCAAUAUCGGUCGCGUCCAGGAGGAAUUGCCUGUUCGUUCCUCAACAUUGGUGCUGGGCGCUUUGGGAGCGGUCCUUGCGGUGGGCGGGUACUAUAUGAAUGGACCGAAGGCUUUGCUGCAGCGACGCCGUUGACCAUUUUUCGCUUUCUACAUAUCCUCUAUGGCACUCAGAUUGUUCAGCACAUAUUCGCGAGUGGUCCACCGUUCUCCGUCUCGGUUAUCGGAAGUAAAUAGCGUGUUAAUUUCAUGUUACAUAUUCACCAAUUUCACAUUGUAUCCGCUGUCUCACUUGGUCAAUCCAUGUCCACGGACUGCUGCAGGGGUUUUGGCAUGGGAUGUUGGUAUGCAGCAUCGUAAUAUGAGUUAGCAAGGGAUCAUUCAGUGCUCUUCAGGCGGAAAUGAAACUCGUGUAACUUUUCCACGGCAUGGCGCUUGCCUAGGGAAUUCACAUCAGAUCUCAUCCAUGAGGACGUUCCUGCAGUAUCCCGGUUCGGGCCUUGAUCAGAUAACUUUAACCUGAUGAGAUGGGGCUAUAUUUAGAUAUGUUCGGGUCGUUUACGCAAUGUGAUGUUGCAAUUUUGACAAUGGAUGUUUGGAUGUCCAGAGCAUCUGCAAUGAUGGAUAUAUAUUUGCGAAGUUACUGGAGUAUCCUCGUUAAUCCCCGUUGCACUUCCAGUUCUCGAACAAGUUCCAAGUAAAUUCCCUUCCGAGGAUAGAUUUUGCAUAUUGCCUGUGAAGUUCGUGCAUGUCAUACACAUCUAUUUCGAUAGAGACAAUCUAUCUCGAAUCGUAUACUCCAUACCAUACAACUGACAGA